UUCCAAGUACUGUUUAUCCAAUAAUUAAAAGAGCUUUCUGUGAGGCACCCCACCCACCCCAUGACAGCAACUUCCUCAACAAGACUAAAUAAUUGCAAGUCAGUCAGUCAGUGUCUCAUCAUUUCUUAAAAGCUUAGUCACAAGGAGGUGUCAUCUCCUGUUCGAGUCAUGAGUGGACGGACACUUCUCCUGCUCCUCACAGUGUGUGCGCACCACGCAAGAUGUCAACCAAAGCCAACAGUCUCCAUGUUACCCAAACUGAAGGAGAUCUUCAUCGGAGAUUUGUUUUACUUGCACUGUGACACUCCAAGUCCCGUGAAAUGGUACUUUAACGAUGAAGAACAGUUGCAGCAAACGGGAAACGCGUGGAAGUUCGCAGUCGCUUGGCCAAAGCACUCGGGCUCAUACCAAUGUGAGCACAACGGGCAAAAGAGCGACAAGUUUCCCAUCGACGUCGUGGACUUCAGCCCCAUGGCUUCACUCACCAUCAAGACUGGACACCCGGUGAUGAAGGGUGGAUACUCAGUGAUCCUGCAGCUCGACAACGAGGAGGGUCUGCAGGGAUGGAGGUGCAGGGUCUACAGGAGAGCAAAUGGAACGAAGACAAUUAAGUUUAAACUGAAGAGCAAUAAGACUGUGGACAUUUACACCACAAUACGGAGCGGGGUCCCCGAGACCAUUUUCUGGUGUACUAACAGCCCUCAAAGCGACAGAAGUAACCAAAUCAUAAUCAGGACCUCAAAUAAAGCCGUGGCUCUGGAAAUGUACCCCCUGCCUGCUGUGGUUGGGGAGAGUCUGAAUCUGAAGUGCCUUGCCUGGGGAACGGAUCAAAUCAGCAAAGCUGUCUUCUACAAAGACGACAACGUCCUCAGCGAAGCCAACUCGACCUUCGUCAUCAGCAACGUGGAGGAAGUCACACAGGGACGCUAUAAAUGCGAGGCCACCUACACACACAAGGCUUACAUUAGCGGUCCUCCUUAUCAUAUAAUCUCUGAUGCUCAAGAUGUUUUAGUCCAAGCGCUUCCGGUCAAGGCUGUCCUCUCUGCAGACAACGGCUUGUUAUCAUGCUCUUGUCCGCGGUGUCCCAGUGACUUCUCUCAUCGGUGGUACUACAAGAGGGACGGUCAGCCAUGGGAGUCCAUCGCCGGCGCUUCAGACCUAAUGGCACCAAGGAGCAGCGGCACUUACGCGUGUCGAGCUGUGAGGAACAACAGGAAGUCUUUUCUCAGCAACACUUACGUUUAUGACAGUGGACCAAAUCUGCUCCUUAUCAUUUUGUUCAUCUUGCUGCCCUUGGCUGGCGCGCUGAUAUGUGCAGCAGUUUGUUAUACAUUAUGGAAAAAGAGACAUAGCCCAGGCCCAAUCUACGAGGACGUGGCACUGAAGUUGCGAGAUGGUGGCGACAGAUAUGAGACAGUGCAGAAGGGAGGCAGAGAGGCCGAGUACGACACCCUUAACAAAGGGGCGGCAGGCGGAGAGAGGAAGGAGGCCGACUAUCAAGCCCUGGAGAAAGGAGAGAUGAAAGAGGGGGUUUAUCAUACCCUGGGACCAGGGGAGGCGGCAGGGGCCCAGGGAGGGUACGAAGCACUGAAAAAAGCAGGGAUGAAGGAGGGCGUGUAUCAUACCCUGGGCACAGAGGGGGAAACAGUGGCCCAGGGAGGGUACGAAGCACUGAAAAAAGCAGAGAUGAAGGAAGGCCUGUAUCACACCCUGGGCACAGAGGGGUUAACAGGGGCCCAGGGAGGGUACGAAGCACUGAAAAAAGCGGGAAUGAAGGAGGCCGUGUAUCACACCCUGGGAGCAGAGGGGGAAACAGGGGCACAGGGAGGGUAUGAAGCACUGAAAAAAGCGGGAAUAAAGGAGGCCGUGUAUCAUACCCUGAGUGAGGAGAGCAAAGUAGCAAAAGACUAAACAAUGAACGAGAGAGAGAGACACAGGUCUCAGUUUUUUGCUUAAGAAAAACAUUCUGAAAACAUGCUGUGUAGGUAAUUAUCCUAAACAUAAAGUGCAUGUUAGCGCUGUAUGAGAAAUCUACAUGUAAAUAAAUAAAUAAAUAAAUAAAUAAAUGGAAUAAAGGUCUAUAGGCAAAAAGAGAUUAAACCAUACGUCAUCAUGAAUUUUGUGUAAAACAAAGAUUCAUCAAUAUGUGGCUCCAGCGGUGGGAAAGGGUUAAGCUAAAUCAAAUUUGCACACGUUUCUUUGAUACUUGUGCCCCUAAAAGUUUAGGGUAAUGCAUAAUUUGUACAUAUUACAUCAAAAUGUAUGGAACACAUUCUUCUUUGCAUUACAGCACAAAUAGAGCUUGCAGUUUUUCUAUUAGUACAAAUGCUGCACACAUAACAUUGAGGCAACUGUUGUGAUACUCAUGAAAUAAAGCUUUUGUCUAAUAAAAAUCUUA